AACUCCCCCUAAACAAUAUUGAUCUCAAAAGUGGUCUCAUCAAUGGCGAACACUUUAAUGGCGACAACUCGUCCACUAGCUCUCCUCUCCUCUACAAGAUCGACACUUCAUCUCCUUUUCAAAUCCCCGAAGAGACCCUUCUCUUCGUUUCUGUCAUCUCCCGCCGCGGGAAGCUCUAGUUCGAGACGCGUAAGCGCCGUUUUGUCUCGUGGAGAAACUACCACGCCGUCGUCUAUUUACGGCCACGGAGUUUUCAGGGCUUCUGGGUUUGGUGUUGCUAAUAUUCGCAGCCGUGAUUUCAGUACAAGAUCCUCUCAGAUCAACGAUGCUGGUUCGAUUGAUCAAACUCUUAUGCAAUCCAUGGAGCAAAAGAUCAAAGAACAAUUGAAUGCAGAGUCGGUUUCUGUCAAGGAUAUGUCUGGAGAUGGUCGCCACGUUUGCAUCAAUGUCGUAUCAUCCGCUUUUGAGGGACAAUCUGCAGUUAACAGACAGAGGAUGGUCUACAAGGCCAUUUGGGAGGAGCUUCAGAACGUAGUUCAUGCCGUUGAUCAGAUGACGACAAAGACUCCUUCCGAAGUUUGAAGCCUCUUAAAUUUUUUUUUAUGAUACGAAGCCAAAUCUAUUAUUUGAACAGCGGACAAAGCUGUUUUGUUUUAUCAAAAACAAAUUUGGAUGUUUCUUUUUGUUGUUGAUGUCGGUUUAUGACAUCCUUUGCUCUGUUUAGUAAAAUUCAGUGAUAAAAGGUAUGUUUCAAAUU